GCGACCGGCCUUUUCGAUUUGGGGAAUGUGAUCGUACAGUGUGCGUCCCGCCCCCGCGCUGCACGAGGCUGCGACUGGUGGGGGUGAAGAUAUUCGCCGAAGAUGUCCUGAAGCAGCAGCAGCCAUCUUUCAUUAUUUAUUUUUUCAUUUUUUUUUUUUUUUUUUUUUUUUAAGUAUCGCGAGGUAUGAAAUAAAUUAACAUUGCACCGCAUUGAUAAAGCAGGAUUGUGCGUGGUAGUUGGCGAUUUCUGUCGACUCUUUAUUUUGCGUACUGAAAAAAACAAUUGCUAUUCUUCGAUCAACAAGAAGUGGAGUGUUACGUCGACACCACGUGACUGUAUUUUCAGCAGCCCGGCCGGAAGUUCCGCUUGUCGAUGCUCGCAUGUUUACGUGGUGAUUUGUGCCAGUCUUUCUCUCUCUCUCUAUCUCUCUCUAUCUCUCUCUAUCUCUCUCUAUCUCUCUUUUUCUCUUUGAGGACACUCGCGGGCCGAUUUGACCUUCGUGUCGUUAAAAAAAAAAAAAAAAAAACAGAGCGAACGUUUCUCCCGUUUCGUAGACUUCGUUCGCAGAACAAUGUCGGGUAACUUGUUCACGAGUGUGCGUCCAGUCUGCACGUGUCCGAACCUGUCCGUUUCCCUAACGAGGAAACUAAUUUCUUCAGAAACGUUUGUUUUUUGAAGCCUGCUUUGUCGGUGAAACUAGUUGCCGUACACGAGAGCUCGCGACCUACCGGUGCGAAGUCUGCGAUACAACACAAGCGUGCCGUAAUCCCGUGGCUGGGCAGCAGGCGGCUGGCGGGGCGCGCCGGACGGCAGUCUAGCCGCGGGGGCCGGGGGCGGCGGACAUGGCCGCCGCCGAGGUGCUGGUGCAGCUGCUGCCCGAGGACUCGCCGCCGCCGGAGCCGCCGCCGCCCAAGCCGCGCUGGAGGCCGCCCUUCUUCAUCCUGCUGGCCAGCUGCCUCGAGGUGCUGGUGUACGUGGGCGCGGACGCGCGCUCCAGCGAGCUGCUCAUCUACAGCCCGUGCAGCCGCGCGCAGCUGUGGAGGUUCCUCAGCUACAUGCUGCUGCACUCGGACAGCCUGCACCUCUCGCUGAACGUGGCGGUCCAGUGCGUGCUGGCUGCGCCGCUUGAGCACGAGCAGGGCCACUGGCGCACGGCGGCCGUCUACCUCGCCGGCGGCGUCGCAGGAUCGCUGGGCACGUCCGUACUGGAACCUGAUCUCUACCUCAUGGGCUCUUCGGGAGGCGUGUACGCUCUGCUCAUAUCACAACUGUCCAACAUCCUGCUGAACUACCGCGCGCUGAGCUUCAAGGCGUACCGCGCUGGGGCGGUGGCGCUGCUGGCGGGCUCAGACGUGGCCUUCACCUUGCACCACUACUCGCGCGGCAACACGUGCCCGCGCAUCGGCUGGUCGGCGCACUGCAGCGGAGCCGCGGCGGGGUUGCUGGCGGGACUCGUGGUCUUCUCCGCGCCGGGAGAGGACAAGCAAGCAGCCUCCCCCCGCAGCUGCGGCUACCCGCGCCUGCUCGCCUGGGCGGCGGCCGUCGUGCUGCUGUCCGCCUUCGCCGCCGCCGUCGCCGACAACCUGGGCGCGCGCCGGCUGCAGCUGUAGCGACCAGCACCUGCUCGCCUGGGCGGCCGCCGCCGUCGCCAACAACCUGGGCGCGCGCCGGCUGCAGCUUUAGGGACCCGCACCUGCUCGCCUGGGCGGCCGCCGCCGCCGCCAACAACCUGGGCGCGCGCCAGCUGCAGCUGUGGGACACCCACCCUGGCUCCGAGCGACGCGUGCACAGAGAAAAAAAAAGAUUUCUUCUGAAUCACAACAAAUAUUUGUUCAUAUACGGCGAAACAAUAAUAUUUACUUGCCGUAACAAAACAUGUUAGUUUAUAAUAAUAAUAAUAAUAAUAAUAAUUUUUAUUUCCCAUUUUUUUUACACUUUUGUAAUCAAUAUUCACUUAAUUAACCAGGAAAUUUAGCACUCAUGAAAGCAAGCUUGAAUGUGAGUGCCUCUAGUCACUUCAAAAUUACAUGCGGUAUUUUGAAGAUUGUAAACAUUUGUAAAUGUCUUAUAACUGAGAAAUUAAUAUAUAAAAUAUAACCUAAGAAACUUUACAUUAUUUAUAUAAAAAUGAAAGUUAAAAAGAGCAGUUUAAAUAAACUCGGUAAGUAGCAAAAAUUAUUUGUUACGCCCAACCAAAUAUACAAUUGAGUUGAUAAAAUCAUUUUGUUGCGAUGAAACAGAAUCUUUCCUACCACAAAAUAUUUUUUUUUAAUUAACUAAAUAUAUUUAUUUCGUCUUAUGUAAACAAAUAUUUUGUUGAGGCAAACAAACCUUUCUCUCAGUGCGGAUGCGUCAACGCACGAGCUCCCGUGAAGUUGUUCCGUUUCUUCCCUCUCUCACACAGGGUAGCGAAUAUGCGACUCCGCGCGUGUCAAGACAUGCUGUGAAAUAAAAAUGGAUGCGUGUGAACAUGCAUUAUGUGCAAGUUGAUCUCGGUUCUAGUGACUUCGACCAUGUAGGAUCGCACAACUUGCCUGUCCAGCAAGGUAACCGCCAAACGUACUCGGCAUUUCAAACAAAGGAAGUGUUGCGACACUGAUUAUCCCCUUUUUUUUCCGGUGUGUUGGCUGCGCUGCGUGAAGAGCAGAAACUGAACCUGAACACUUUCCCAUGCGUCGAAACAAAAUUUUGUACCUAUACUGUACUUCGUACUCGCACAGUAUUGUGCAAUGCGAACGAACGGUGUCCUUCCACAGAAAUACCAUACGUUGAACUUCAAGAAGCAAGAGGCAGUAAUUGUGGGGGAAGCCUUCUUUUCACAGACGAGAGAGCCACACCCUAAGUUCCCCGAAGUUCAUGCUCGCAUUUAUUUUUUCGUACCACAACAGGUGUAUUUAUUUGGAGGAAAAGAAAAUUCGCGGGCAUUUAUCCUCCAAAUGCGCGGGUUUAACUUAUAAGAUGUCAUUCUUAAAAUUAGCAAGAAGUAAUUUAAAUAAUUAUUCAGUAAAUGAAGAUAAAACGGUAUCUGUUUUUUUUUUAGUCAAAAGAAGCAUAUGAUAGGUUAGCUAAAUUAUAAAUACUUUAAAACAUCGUGGAUGUUUGGUUAUAUUAGGUAAGUAUAGCUACAUUAAAAAUACUGUAAAAUGAUUUUAUGGUUGCUUAGCAAAUAACUUUUUAAUAUGCAGCUAUCCAGCGCUAGGAAACAGUUUACAUGAUUUCACAGUAUCUUUAAUGUAGCUAUCCUAACCAAAUCAACCUUCCACAAUGUUUUAAAGUAUUUAUAACGUAGCUAACCGAACCUAAUUGACCAUUAGUAUCCUUUUAUCAACACCGCCAUAUUUAUUUACAAUGAACAAAAAAAAAAACGACCGAAGAUGCACGAUCGGGCGUUUGGCUCUCUCGUCUGUGAAAAGAUGGCAUCCCGUAAUUGUGGGCUGCGACACUUGACGUGUCAGUCCGCGACAACUGCCAUUGCCGUUAGCUGUGUCUUGGAAAGCUUCGACGGGAGAAAGGCUAAAGCCUGCCCCACACGACACCCAUUUCCUUAGCAGUUUUCAUGUAAUUUUUAUGCUAGCACGCCUGCUCCCGUGUGGGUAACAUUUCAGCACCCUUCCAAGGGGUCUGGCUCUAGGUAUAAAAGUUUUCAUAACCGAAGUCUUAGCCAAAAGCGUAAUAGAACGUGUUCUAUUUUUCUGCUAUACCCACGAGCUGCAGCCGUCAAGAUGGCGGACCCACGUGUUGCAAUAUAACCCCGUAUAUAGUCUGUAUUGUCAACAUUAAGGGACGUAACAAAUGUAAUGGUAUGCCAAAUGAAACUUUAUAAUAGUAAAACUACUAUGGAAUAUAUUUGUUAAGCUGAAAUUGCCACAGAAAGAAGUAAUCGGAAAUUUUAAAUACGUUAUGAAAAUACGUUGCAUUCUAUAUUAUCCAUUAUCUCCUAUCACAUUCGUAGAAGUUGCGGUAGCGUAGUGGCGAAGUGCACGAUGGCAGGGGAAGAAGGGUGAUUUUAAAUGUGGUUCGGAUCCUCAUCAGUCCAAAUUUUUUUUAGUUUUUUUUAAAUAACAGAUAAUUAAAUUGUACAUACUGUGCUUUCUGCAAAUAUAAAUUAUUAGAAUUAAUUUAUGAUAUAAUAUUAUUAACUACAUUUAGGUGUCUCAGUCCAUUGAUUUUAUUCAUAGUACUACGUACCUAGAUUUAUUUUUACUUUUAAAAAAGUAAAGUAAAAUCACAUGUUCACAAAUAAUUUAAACCAAAAGUUAAUUUUAUAAUUAAAACGCCAACGUUUAUUAAGAAACGAGUGUCCAUAAAUUAAUAAUGAAUAAACUGAUACUUCAUAGCGACACACCUGUGAGGGUAAAAAAAAACAUGCAAAAUGUUUUUCUUCACCUAAGAUUUAAAUUUAUUACGCGGUAUGUGCGUGUUUAUUUGUCUCACUGGGUUACAAAACAUAUUAGUUACAAUUCCUCUAAUUAUGUAGUUAAAUAUAUAAGUAAUCAAUAAAUCUUAUAUAUAACAUAUAUGAAUCGGUAGCAUUUUUUUACUAUUACAAUGAAAUUAGCUUGAUUAACUGUAUAAUUAAAUUAAUAUUAGAAUUUAAACCGUACAUAAACUACAUUUAGUAAACCCAAUGUCCCUUGUAUCAUUUAAAUUUAUAUGUUUUUAGAUUUUGAAAUUAACCUACAACUUAAAAAUAUAUUUGUAAUUCCAAAAUUGCUCUUAAUUUGUUUUUAAAUACAAAAACCAAUUUUGUUAUUUAUUUGCAAAUGAAAAAUAUAAGAUAAAAUAUCAAAUAAUAUUUCCGCAAGUUACAUAAUUUUUAACACAAACAGGUGUAACUUUCACUUUUUUUUCAGUAUUUUGAUAAGUUGACUACGACAGGUUUAUCCUCCCCUGAUAUGUUUGCUUUGGUCGGCAACUGCGUUGGCUGGUUUUCUGUUAGCAUUCUAGGUAUCGUGUGUAUGGAGUUAAGAAAUCUUUCUGCGGUUCUGCUAUACAAAUUUUUAUGAAAAUUUUUAUACCCAUGGGUAUAACAGAAGUUAUAGCAGAAAAUGGGCAUCGUGUGGGUUGGGCUUAAUGGUCUUCGCCGUGGUGCCCACGGAAAGUCUUUCAGUUUUCAAAUGUUCAGAAAUGUUCACACACGGUAACGAACAUGCGAUUCCGCUCGUGCCAAGACAUACCGGGAACUUAAAUUUACGUGCAAGUUUCACUUAGCUCUAUUUUUCCCGGUGUUGAUUUCGAGAAGCCUAAGAUGUCAAUCAAGUUCUGUCCCUGCCCGAACACGCCCGAAUAUUCACCUUUGGCCAACCUCGGGAUUUGUUUAAUUUUUGCGCAGGAAAAAUGAAUUCAAAUAUUAAUAGUUGUCGGUUAGGUUAGCUACAUUAAAACACUAUGGACGGUUUGUUAGGUUAGUAUAGCUGCAGUAAAAUAAACAGAGAAAUAUAAAUAUACUAGCUGCCCGACCCGGCUUCGCACGGCUAUACUAAUGGAAAAAAAUUAUGCCACAUCUCCCAUUUACAGUAAUGGUAAAUAAUAAAAAAUUCCGUGAACAUUUAUUACAAUGCUGUAUAAUGUACCGAUGGUUUCCCGACUCGUGCACGCAACAUAAAACUGAUGUACCCGUACUUCGCUACGGCAGUCUACAGGCAGAUCACUCUUGCGCCGCUCAUAAUACAUGCCCCUCGUUGUGGGUACGCCACUGCCGCGCGAUGCCUGUUGCCAUGGAGACGCAGAAGGCAUGAACAAUGCAAAAUCUUGUUCUCAUGCAGACAAUGUACCCACUGUUGCCUGGUUUUAACCACCCAUUAGAUCUAAUUUUCGGAAAAUGUCAUCCUGCGUAACAUAAGGAACAUUACUGUGAAGUUUCAAGUCUGUAAAAUAUAUAUACUUGAAAAAAAAAGGGGCAAUUUUUGAUAUUUAAAGUACCCGCAAAAUUUCAACGGUGAUGAGGACUGCACUAUCAAUGAAAUAGUCGUUGCCAUAGAAACGAAUGAAGCAUCAACAAAGCAACAGCCGUUGCCAUGGUGAUUUCCUACCAAAAAUAGAAAUUAAAAAUUUUGUCUAAAAAAUAAAAAAUAAAAUUUAGUGCAACAUUUAGGGGGAUGAAAAAUAGAUGUUGGCCGAUUCUCAUAGAUACCGGAUAAGCACAAAAAAUUUCAUCUAAAUCGGUCAAGCCGUUUCGGAGGAGUAUGGCAACGAAAACUGUGACACGAGAAUUUUAUAUAUAAGAUAUAAAUAAACCCGAGGUUGGCCGAAGGUGAAUAUUCGGACGUGUUCGGGCAGGGAAAGAACUUGAUGUACAUCUUCGGCUUCCCAUAACGGAAGUGCUGAUUGUGCGUGAACUAAGACAUGUUGGGAACAAGACAUAGGGACGAAUGGACGUGAACGUACGCUUAUGCGCACAUAAUUUUCAGAACUAUGAUUCUCAGUCCUGGUUCUGUAUCACUGGACUCUCUGCGUUAUUCUAAAGACGGCUUUGAUAUUUGUAACAACCUGCAGAAAUUCAAGCCUGCGUGGAAAAAUUUACUACGAGUAAUUUAUAUUUGUUUGAUUGACCAAUUUUUUUUUCUUCACCUGCGUUUUUGAUUAUUUCUCGUUGCAUACAUGGUAAAAUAGUGCACUCAUAGCACAUGCCAAGUACCAUAUUUCACAAUAAUUAUAUGUCAGUAUUCGUGAGUCACAACAGGCUUACAAAUUUUUAAUUUAUGUAUGUGUUUUUAAUGUUCAUUGUAAACAAAACCACAACUAAUAACUGGGAAAGUAAGUUUUGAUUUUUAAAAGAUUUGUUAGUUUGUGUAAAUUUUCAGCAGGCUAUUGAAAUCAUCUGAAAUAAUUUCACCAGUUAUAAAACACAUUUACGAUGUGCAAUAUUUUGCAAAAGUGUUUCUGUGGCAUUAAUGUCUGUGUAAUGGCUAAAAUUUACAUUUUUUCAAAAUUAAUACCAGUGGCACCCUUUCUCCAACUGUAAUUUUCAGAGCAACACACAUUGAUUAUUUACGAACACCUAACAACCCCGUGAAGUAGUUUACGGACUUUGCUGACAAAACCACAGGGGCAGAUGGAUACAUAGAUGAUUGGUACUUCUUUUGAGCAAUCUGUUUACAGACAUUUCUGACAAAACCACAUAGGCAGAUGGAUACAUAGAUGAUUGGUACUUCUUUUGAGCAAUCUAAGUUUUGAAACAAAUUGCAUGAAGCAGACUCAAGCAGAUCACGAGACAACUCAAAUGAUAGGAGAAAAGUACAAGCACUAAAGGUGGAAAAUUUAAAAUUCUAAAACAGAAGAUAGCCUUACAUUUUAAGUACCGUUGGCUCCGCUAAAAGUGGGAUGAGUAGUGUGAAUUGUAAAAUUGUUAACCAAGCGAAAAUUAAAUAGUCUAGAAAAAUAUGUACAAUAAGAGAGAUCAUUAUACGUAUAAUAAAUAAGAAAAAUGUCUACAUAUUAAUUUAAAUGUUUAGUCAAAAAAUUAUUUUUGACGUCAUUAUUUCAUUAAAUCCAACGCUGUAAUAGCUCUUAACUUUCGCAUUUUUGUACAGCUUAACUAAAUAUUUUUUUCACUGUUUAAUAGUUGUGUAUUUGUAUAAUGAUUGAUUGCAAUAACUUGUAAACAGUAAAAUUGAUUACAUGCAAGAACCCCGCUAGCUUUCUGACAUAAUUUACCGUUUGCUUUUGACUGAUUAUUUUGAUUUUCUUAUCUUACUAUGUUUCAAGUGUCCUUGUGGAAUUUUUGCUACGUGUGUAAUACAAUAUCUUUGUAAAUGCAGGUACAAUUUGGACAAGUGUUAUAUAAUACGUUACGUACCCGUAAAAAAUCGAUAUUGCUGUGAGAGUCACGAUGUCAUUUACGGAAGCAAACAUUCUUGUAUGUAUGUCUUAAAAAUUGUAUGUAUUUAACCAUAAAAGUUGAGUAUCCUUUUAUUGGGCUAAAUGUUCAUUUGCCUUUUGAAUAACAUCAUUGAUUUGAUGUUUCAUCAGAAGCACGUAUGCAAACUAAGCACCAGUAUGGCAAGUAUGUUUAGUCUGUUUAGUUUCAUCGUUGGGUUGGUUUGUGAGACACUGCUUUGUCUAAAGUAGAUUUUAUUUCACGUGUUUUCUGUUACUGUUACAAAAUUCUCAUCGUUGUCAACCCAUUGUAUUUGUGCUGUAAUUUUUUCGGACUAAAUAUUUUCCACUGAAUUCUCUGUGCUAUCUAGGCAUGUAAUAUUCGACUUCAGCUGAUAUUGACUUAUCCCUCCGUGUUUGUAUAAAAAAAAUUCUUGUCCAUUCUUAAGAUGUUUCUAUUACAUACAGUGUAAACCAGCAAUGGUAUAUGUAUGUGAAAUUGUUUAAAUUCAAUGUUUCCCAUUGGAAGAAUCAUUGAAGGAGCUCUAUAACCAGGGGUUUUGUACAUUAAAUUAUUUUAUACAAAAAUCUAAGUUUCAUCGCAUGGCAACUUCUUACACUUUUGAACAAUAAUCUUCUGUGAUUUCUCAUUACUGACAGCUAAACUGUGGAAUCUACAUUUUAUUACAUACAGGUAAUAAUGAUCAAGUGAUGCAUGCGAUAGCCACGAAAAUGCACCAACAAUAAUUCUAUGACACAAUCGACGUAGCAACAUCUUUUAACAUGAAAGGGCGAGUUGACGCAAUAACAUUCAUAUUUUAUUUCGGAUAUAUGAAGGGUCACAAUCAAAAGAUAGUGCAGCCAGGCAUACCUAGGUAACAUUCAACAGAUGAAAUAUCUAUAAUGUAUAAUUGUAUUUUGCCCUGUAUUUUCACUUUGCAGUAAUAUAUUUUUUAAUUUGUAUAGAUAAACUUUAAAGUAGUGAACUAAUUUUCUAUGGAAUAAUUUUAGUGUAUUUUAAUAAAAAAAUUUCAUAUAGUGUAUAAAAAGGAGAUUUUUAAUUGUUUGUAUAAAUGUGUUAGCAAAAAAAUAGAUUAUUUUAUUAAAAAAAUUACUUCAA